GAUUGUGAUUGUGAUUCUGAAUUUAUUGUUGUUUUUAUCAUUAAAUUAGAAAUGUACCUGUUUCUUUAAUUGCGUCUGACGAUGUUUGAUCAGCGGUAAUGUGAAUGUUGAGAUACUAUCCAAAGUCAUUAGGUUCGAAAUUGCGGUGUAUUUAGACGAUUAUUGUGCUGGUAUAUAAUUAAACGCUUACAAUAUGCCUGUGACACUAGUGGACAGGUUGCCCUUGCCGAAUCUCAAGGCUUACACGACGGGAAGUGUUUUGCUGCUAUCGGUAGCCGUUUAUUAUGCGAUGAGUGUGACGAGUGAUCCAAACUGGCGCGUCAAUGCAACGCUGCAACGGCAGGAAGGAAUGGUCGCGGAGACUAAUGGCGAGAAUUUGAAAACUGUGCAGUCUGCUGCUGCAGGGGUGUUGAGUGGCGGCACCAACGGCACCAGGAACUUUACUGAGCAGUUUGUGGAGGUGGUCACGUUCAUGAUGCAGGAGCCGCUAUGUAUGUGGACGGUCAUAAACACGGCGUACUGCUGCCUGGCCGUGCUGGGCCUGAUGAUCCAGCGCGCGGUGUUCGGCCGGCUGCGCGUGUCUGAGGCGCAGCGCGUCAAGGACAAGUUCUGGAAUUAUCUGUUCUACAAAUUUAUCUUCGUGUUCGGCGUCAUCAACGUGCAGUAUAUGGAUGAAGUGCUGCUCUGGUGCGCCUGGUUCAGCGUGCUCGGCUUCCUGCAGCUGCUCGGACAACUCUGCAAGGAUAGAUUCGACUACCUGUCGUCGUCUGCUGGCUCGGAGCGGUGGGCGCACUUUCGGCUGCUGUGCCUGGUCGGCGGCGUGCAGAUAGCCAGCUUGGCGCUGCUGAUGGUAGCCGCCGUGUGGGGACUGCCAGCCGGAUGUGACACCUUCGUCUUCAUGGCUGCUGAGUGCGUGCUGGUGUUGGUGUCGGCGCUGCACGUGGUGGCGCGGUACGUGCUGCAGACCUACGAGGUGGACGUUGCCGGCCCGCUCUCAUACUACACGCAGCAAAUAUUCGAAUGCGUGGUGCUGGUGGUGGAGCUGAUGGACGUGGUGCACAUGGUGGUGUACUGCAACAUGCUGGUGUCGAUGGCGUCGCUGGUGCUGCUGAUGCAGCUCCGUCACCUGCUGCACGAGCUGCAGGCGCGCCUCCGCAAGCACCGCGUCUACACCACGCUCGCGCACCACAUGAGCCGCAAUUACCCAAUGGCGAGUAAGGAAGAAGUGGAGAAGAAUCAGGACAACUGCGCCAUCUGCUGGGAGCCCAUGAAGGAGGCCAGGAAACUGCCCUGUUCACAUUUGUUCCAUAACUCGUGCCUGUGCCAGUGGGUGCAGCAGGACGCGUCGUGCCCCACGUGCCGCCGCUCGCUGGCGGCGCCCCCGGGCGUGGCUCGCACGCGGCUGGUGCUGACGCCGCGGCCCGCGCCCCCCGAACACCGACGACCCAACCAUCUCUUCCACUUCGACGGUUCCCGCUACGUGUCGUGGCUGCCCAGCUUCUCCGUGGAGGUGACUCGAGUGCGCGUGCAGCCGCCCGCGCUCACCGCCUCGCAGCUGGAGGCCAUGGCUCAGCAGGUGCAGCAGAUGUUCCCGCAGGUGCCCCUGGCGACGCUGACGCGGGACCUGGCCGCCACGCACUCGCCAGACCUCACCGUCGACAACGUGCUGGAAGGCCGCCUGCACUACGUGCCUGCACCGGAGAGUCGUAGCGGCAGUCCAGGGCCGUCCGUGAGCUCGAUGGCCACCGCUACCAUCGCGACAGCCGCCGCAGCUACCGCCGCUAUGCCGCUGCUCGCGGCCGGCGUCACACCCACCGCCAGCGGCAGCGCCAGCACCAGCACUAGUACCAGCACCGACAUUCAUGACUUCGUGCACACUUAUUUGCCGGAAUUUAAUAACGACGACAGGGCUGGAGCCAGUUCCGGUUCUCGGUUCUCGUGCAGCGUGGCGGAGCGGCAGGCACUGCUGCAGCAGAGGAAGGCGCAGCUGCUGGCCGACGCGCGCCGCCGCUACCUCGAGCGGGGACGGGGCCCGCACACACCCGCGGGGCCCUCCACCGCCGCGGGGCCCUCCACCGCCGCGGGGCCCUCCACCGCCGCGGGGCCCUCCACCGCCGCGGGGCCCUCCACCGCCGCGGGGCCCUCCACCGCCGCGGGGCCCUCCACCGCCGCGGGGCCCUCCACCUCCGCGGGGCCCUCCACCCCCGCCGACGACCGCCCCGCCAGCUGA